UUACUCGCGGGUCGCGUUUUUGGUUGUUCCGCGGUACACGCGCGGGCUCCUCGUGUGGUGGGAGACGUGGACGCCGCCGCCGAUUUGUUUUUAUUUUUUCGACACUGUGGCACUGUGGCCCAGUCGCACUGUUGCUGCCACCACGCCCUGUCCCGUCGCUGUUAAGCCUUGUUCUAUCCGUUUUUGUUGUUGUUGUUGUUCUGUAUUGUGUUGACGUUGUCAACCGGUGUUUUGAUCAAAAAACCGGUUCGCCGUCGAUUUACGGGCAUCACCUCUGAAGCCGUCGUCGUGUGCAUGUGUUUGGACGUGUAGUCCAACGUUCAUAAAAUGGGAGACUUAUUUAGUUGUUGCAGUUCUUCGGACAGAGUUGAACCAUCGUCACCUGAUGCUAAAGCCAAUUUUAAAGGUCCUGUGAAAGGAAGAUCUUGUACAGAUUGCUCAUUUUUGGUCCUCUUUUUGUUUGUAUUGAUAUCUGUGUUUGGAUUAGUCAUCUACUGUACUUCAAAUGGAGAUGUCAAUCGCUUAUUUUAUGGAUUUGACGAAUGUGGUGACAUUUGUGGAUUUAAAAAUAAAAACUUAGAUCCAAAAUUUUGUACUGGUAAAGACAUGACUAGUAAACCAUUCUUAAAAAUUGACGCUCCUAUUUAUAAAGUAGCUGAUUUGAAAUAUGUAAAAAGAGAAUGUGUAGAAAGGUGUUCAGAUUAUAAAGAUUACCAAGAAUUCUUGCAUAGAUGUAUUCCAAAAGGUAAUGAAUCAACCAUCAACAAUAUUUUAAAAAAUUCAACAAUUGGUAGCCUGUUUACAGAGGUGACUCAAGAUUUACAACAUACUAAAUGGGAUAUAAUAUAUCUUUGCAUAUUUGCUUUUAUCACAUCACUUGUCAUUGUUUUUUUGAUAAGAUUUGUAGCUGGUAUUGUUGUUUGGUUUGUACUUAUUGGCGUUGUUUUGGUGAGCAUCUCGACAUCUAUUUUCUUAUGGGUUACCUGGAAACAAAAGUCUGAUUCCGAAAUUAGAGACCAAGUUGCACAACAAGACGUUAAUACUUACUUUGCAUUUGCGUUAAUCACCACAAUAUCCACAAUAAUUAUCUUAUUAAUCAUUGUGGCAAUGAGAAGCCGUAUUGCUCUUGUCGUCCAAUUGUUUAAGGAAUCUGGUAAAGCUAUACAAAGCAUGCCAUUGUUACUCAUACAACCAAUAGUGACAUUCUUAUUCCUGUGCUUGGCCAUCAUUCUGUGGAGUUAUUUUGCUGUUCUCAUUCAAGCAUCUGGAUCCCCUGCAUUUGAACCACUGAGCCAUAAUGUCUACUAUAAAAAGGACCAGUUGAUGAAAUUUGCCAGAAUUUAUAAUAUUUUGGUAUUAGUUUGGGUUAUUGAAUUUAUCAUUGGCUGUCAACAUAUGAUUAUUGCUGGUUCUGUUGCUACAUGGUUCUUCACUAGGAACAAAGAAAACAUGUCAUCUCCAAUUUCAACAUCUAUUAGUUACUUGUUCAACUAUCAUUUGGGAUCUGUAGCUUUAGGAUCGUUCAUUAUAGCCAUUCUCCAAAUAAUUAGAGCUAUUUUAAAUUUCAUUGAUGAAACCCUAAAGGAAUCUAAAAAUGAAGUAGCUAAGUCGUUGUAUAAUGUAUUUCAAUGUUUAUUCAGUUGUCUCCAGCAAUUUUUACAAUAUUUGACAAGAAAUGCUUACAUUGAAAUCGCUAUUUAUGGUGAUAACUUCUGCAGAUCUGGACAACAAGCUUUUAAAAUGAUAACUUCAAAUGUAUUACGCGUUGCUGCCAUAAAUUCUGUUGGAGACUUUGUGCUCUUCUUAGGAAAAGUACUUGUAGUCACGUCAACUGUAUUAUUAGGGUUCAAAAUGCUUGAGACUAAACCUGGAAUCCUUCAUUUGUGGGUUCCACUUACAGUUGCUGGAAUUUUCGCUUAUUUUGUUGCACAUUGCUUUAUUUCUGUAUAUGAGAUGGUGAUUGACACAAUAUUUAUGUGUUUCUGCGAAGAUUGUAAUCUAAAUGAUGGAGUCACUCAAGAAUAUUACAUGAGUAAAGAAUUAAUGGAUUUUGUUGAGAGCAGCCAAAAGGUGUUAAGAGUCGGUGAUGGAGCUACAAAUUAAUUUAAAUCCAUGAAUCUGCAGUUACAUUAUUAAUAAUCUAUUUAUUCAUAUUUAUCAACUAAGGAAAAGUAAAAUUAUUAUUGCUUCAAGUUGAGCAUGUGUAUUAAGUAAACUAUUUUAUUUUAUAAUUUUUUGUAUUGCCAUUAUUAUGUAUAAUUUUUAAACUUUAAAUUUUACUAAAUGCUAAAAAUUCAUUAGAAGGACUAUUGCCAUUAAGAAGAACAAUUUUUUUUUCAUACAUUUCUAUGGUUUUUUUGUUAUCUAAAGUAAUUUUCUUUUUUUCUGAUUAAUGAUAAUUUAAAUAAUAUUUAAUUUAACCUUUAUUAAAAA